AUGGCCGACGACGAGCGCCGCGCAAAGCGAUCUCGCUUUGACCAAACUGAACCUGAUCACCGUCGACAAUCCAGAUUUGACCGCCGGUCGCGAUCUCCAACCUCUCGACAAUCCGAUUCGGUUCGACAGCGCAGUCCGCUGAGCAAGGAUCCUCGCAGUCCGGCCGCUGAAGCUUCCGCGCAGUCUGCAGGCUCACAGGAUCCCGCUGCUGCUGCAGGUAAUGUUCUCUGGGAUUGCUUUGCCGAAAGUUUGACUGACGGUGUGUAUACAGCUGCUGCUGCUGCCAAAAUCAACGAGCAGCUGAACGCUAGGAAGAUGAGAAACACAUACAAGGCACCUCAGACUGCUGAUGUGCCUCCCGCUUCGAGUGAAAGUCCCGCCGCAAAAACAGCCCCCUCCGCAGAUGGUUCUACCAAGCUCGACAACGACGUUUACGUUGCCGAUGGAGACUAUAUCAAAGAUAUCGAUGUGAACGGCCUGCGUAACCGCUAUGCUCUCACCAGAGGCUCCACGCAGAGAAUGAUUAAAGAAGAAACUGGCGCUGAUGUCACGACCCGUGGUAGCUAUUAUCCAGAUAGGUCCAUGGCCACUCCUACGAAUCCCCCGCUUUACCUUCACGUUACCAGUACCACCCGAGAGGGCCUCGAUAAGGCCAUCGAAAAGAUCGAGGAGCUUAUGAAGCAGGAAUUACCGAACCUGGUAGAUGAGCGCCGAUUCCGUCGACGGGAAGAACAGCCCCAAGUGGAACGAGACGAAUUUGGGCGGAGAAAAUGGCCCGAGGAGCGAAUCCCUAUCGAUCUAGAGCCGAUACCUGGCUUUAAUUUGCGAGCUCAGGUUGUCGGUCAGGGCGGAGCAUAUGUGAAGCAUAUACAACAGAAGACCGGCUGCAAAGUUCAGAUUAAGGGACGUGGGUCCGGCUUUCGAGAACAUGGUACAGAUCGUGAGAGCGAUGAGCCCAUGUAUUUGCAUGUUGCUGGCCCCGAUCCCGAGCAGGUGAAAGUCGCCAAGGAACUUUGCUUAGACCUGCUAUCAAACGUUGGUGAACAAUAUCAACGCUUUAAAGAGAACCCCCCUCAACACAAUUAUGGCGGCUAUGGCCAACGGGGUGAGCGUCACUACGGUGGAGGACAUGGCGGCGGUGGUUAUAGCGGUGGCUACGGCGGAGGUUAUCAUCACCAUAAUCAACAACAUCAACAUCAGCAGUCACCCGCGGCAGCUGCAUCCAUGAGCCCUUCGGGACCAAGUGCUUCAGCUGAGAGCACCCCGGGAGCCACUCCGGGAGCCACUACGGACUAUGCUGCUCAAUAUUCUCAAUAUUACAAUGGCCAGGAUCCAUAUGCGGCUUAUGGGGGCUAUCAGAACUACGUUGCUUAUUAUCAAUAUUACCAACAAUGGGCCCAGCAACAGCAACAACAACAGGGAGGCGCAGCAGACAGUAGUGCAGCAGCAACUACUGCCGCUGCUCCUCAUCCACCUCCAUCAUCAUCUACCGAGCCUCCACCGCCGCCUCCAGGCGCUGGGGGAUCGGGGUCCCCUCCUCCACCACCACCACCCCCUGGUGGUGGAAGCUACAACGCUGUCCCGCCACCACCGGGUUUGUGA